AUGACGAACUCACCACAGCACAAAAUGGCAAAAUGGCUGAUUAAGGUGCUAGAACCAGUCCUUAAAUCAAUGAUCAAGUAUACAGUCAAGGACAGUUUUGAAUUGGUGGAUAUUUUGAACAAGAUCAACAUAGAAGAAAAACACAUGGCUUCCUUCGAUGUUCAAUCCAUGUUCACCAAUGUAGCAGUUCGUGAAGUCAUACAAAUUAUCUGCGAUCAUGUAGAGAAAAAAAAUAUUCAAUUGUAUCUACCAGUGUCCGUCCUUGAGCGUCUACUACUGCUCUGCACAACCGACGCGUCUUUCUCUUUUCAAGGGAAUGCGUACAGGCAAAUCGAUGGUGUCGCUAUGGGCAGCCCGCGAGGCACAGUCCUGUUAGACUUGUUCAUGGCACAUCUGGAAGAAAAAGUAACUAAUAUUCUGGGACGCGCUAUCCUGUACAAAAGAUACGUCGACGACACUCUAGUUAUAACAGAAAGCUUAGAAGAAGCUACGAAAAUUGUGGAUCAACUCAACAGAAUACAUCCGAAUAUAUACUUCACAAUGGAAUAUGAAUCUAACAACACACUCAAUUUCCUUGGCAUUACUAUGACCAGAAGAGAAAACGGAACGAUUGCUCGAUCCGUUUAUCGAAAGGAAACGUGA